AUGUCUUCUGACGAGGUGCAAAUACUCGAUGUUUCCGAGCCGUCGCCGCGCCACGACGACGGCCUCGUGCGCAACCCAUCCAGAAACGCCGCCGGGCCCUCUCUCGCUCUGCCCCAGACGCCUGCGAUGCACCGUUUUGUUCCGCCGUAUAAAAGAAAGAAUGGGGUAGGAGACGAAGCGAAACGGCAAAAGCUCGAGCCGGCUUUCAAGUCGGAAGUGAUCGAUCUAACGUCUGACGCAGAAGAAGAGGAGCCCCCGCCACCCGAUGAGAAACCCGCAUACAACAAGCACGACAACGACCACAGCGACGACGUUGACCACGAGGACGACGUGGUGUUUGUCAAGUCCACUAACAUCAGUCCGCCCACAGCGAAGUCUCCCGGCCAAGCGUACGCCUUUGGGGAACCGCUACCGGCCACAGUCGAGGGUUUGAGAAGCGUGCUUGUCCAGGCACGGGAGUACUUGCACAGGCUGAACGAGAACGUGAAAAAGCUGAUGGAGCGGCGCACGGCGGUGAUCAAGUACCUCACGACCGACGCAUGCCGCAGCGACCCGAAGAAAAAAGACCAUUUCCAGCGGAUGGAGACGGCGAUCAGCGCGAAAAUAGAACGCCAUUUCUUCAAAAUCAGAGCUACGAGCGAGAAGAUCCAGAUGCUUUGCAGAUACGAGCACAACUAUAGCCGCCAGGCGCCGCGACCGGCCGUCAACAGCGACCCCUUGCCGAUAUACUAUCCGCAGCCGGACCACCUAGGCUCAUCCGCCAAUGCCUAUGAUACCUACGCCUUCAACCCGUACAUGCAGCGAUUCAACAACUAUUCGGACACAGACGAUAUCCAGCAUCUUCUCGACACGAUCAAGCCCGACGAGGCGUACGAGGACGGAGACUUUCGCGACCCUGAAGAUCUGAGCGUGGCACUGCUCAAACACCAGAGAAUCGGGCUUAAGUGGAUGCUCAGCAUGGAGGAGUCCGCCAACAAGGGCGGCAUUCUUGCGGACGACAUGGGAUUGGGCAAGACAGUGCAGGCAAUCGCGUUGAUGGCUGCCAACAAGGCCGGGCCCGACGAGUGUAAGACAAACCUGGUGGUGGCACCAGUGUCGCUGCUGCAGCAGUGGGGGCAGGAGCUCGACUUCAAGCUGAAGAAACAGUCGCAGAUAAGCUAUUUUGUUUUCCACCAGGGCAACAAGCUGACCACGUUCAGGGAGAUGACGCGGUACGACGUGGUUCUGGUGUCGUACAACACGCUCACGUCCGAGAUGAAGAAACACUACCGGCUGGCUCUCGAGGAGCUCAAGAACAAGAAGGCCACUCUGCCGGAACGCGACAACGGCGGCUCGCACUACCGCUCGCCGUUCUACACUUCGGACGCCGUUUUCCACCGCAUCAUACUCGACGAGGCCCAGGCCAUCAAGAACAAGCUCACGCAGACGUCCAAGGCGGUCGCGUUGCUGGAGUCGAAAUACAAGUGGUGUCUUUCCGGUACGCCCAUCCAGAACAACAUCGACGAGCUGUAUCCGAUUUUGCGGUUUCUGAAGAUCAAGCCGUACUGCGAGGAGGCGCGGUUCAAAGAGCGCAUCUCGAAUGCACUGCGGAACAAGUACGGCGGCGAGACGCGCGGCGUUCAGGCGGUGCAGGCUCUGCUGACGGCGAUCCUGCUUCGUCGCACGAAGAAGACUUUGAUCGACGGCAAGCCGAUUCUGCAGCUGCCCGAGAAGCACGUCGUGGUCAACCACGUGGAGAUGAAGGAGGACGAGCGCAAGUUCUACUACGACCUCGAGACGCAAUCUGCCGACGCUGCCAAGAGAAUCCUGGCCGGCUCGGGCGACGGCCAGAAGCACAAAGGCGGCUACAGUGCCAUCCUGACGCUGUUGCUGCGGCUCAGACAGGCGUGCGACCACAAGUUUCUGGUGAAGAUCGGCGAGAACAAAGAGAGAGAGUUUAAGGUGAGCACGAUCAAGAACGGGUUCGAGACCGCCAAGAAGUUCGACCAGACUCUAUGCGACCAGAUCAACGAGCAGUGGAAAAGCGGGUUUUCGUGCCAGAUGUGCUUUGACGUGAUCGAGGCGGACGCAAACGUGAUUCUGCUUGGAAGCUGCGGCCACGCGGUGUGCAGAGACUGUCAGGAGCAGUUUUUCGAGGACAACACAGAGACGGUCUGGAACGGGGUGCGGUCUGCGCGGUGCAAAACGUGCAACAAGGCCAGCAGCGAGAGUCUGUGUGUGGAUCUUUUGGUGUUCGACUCGGUGUGCAACAAACGGCUGGAUUGGAGAGACGUGCAGAGACAGUUCAACAUCCAGACACAGUCGCUGAAUAGCGCUCAGCGAAUAGAGAAAAUAAAGAGUCUGAUAACCAGCGAGGGUGGUCGGCUGGAGGUUUCGGCCAAGAUCGAGCGGUGCCUGGCGCUGAUCAAGGACAUCUUGGAGACGAAGCCGGGAGAAAAGGUGAUUGUGUUUUCGCAGUUCAUGGUGCUUUUUGACAUUCUGGAGCUGUUUCUGCGGGACCACGGGAUCGAGUAUUUACGGUACGACGGGUCGAUGAACGUGGAGGCCAAGAGCGCGAGCGUGGCCGCCUUCUACCAGGAGCCAAACAAAAAGGUGAUGCUGCUGUCGCUCAAGGCCGGAAAUGUCGGUCUGACGUUGACGUGCGCGUCGCACGUGGUCAUCCUGGAGCCCUUCUGGAACCCGUUUGUGGAGAAGCAGGCCCAGGACCGUGUGCACCGGAUUUCGCAGGUGCGCGAGGUGUAUGUGCACCGGAUCCUGAUCAGGAACACGGUGGAGGACCGGAUUAUCGAGCUGCAGGCGGAAAAGGAGAAGCUGGUGGAGAGCGCGCUGGACCCAACGGCCCGGCAGCAGGUGAACCGGUUGAGCCGCGUGGAGCUGGGGUUCCUUUUUGGUCUGAACGGGCUGAGCAGCCUGGAAAAUGUUUAA